GCGAGCUUGGACUAAGUAAUACGGCUUCGCCAGCCUCUUCCAUAGCCACACACACACACACACACUGCACAUACAACCUGUGAAUGGUAUCUGUAUUGGUAUCGUCUCUCCUUUAGCUGUACGAACGUUCCUGCCUUGUAUUAUAGCUGUCGAGGAAGGCAGAAGAGUCGAGAGAAGGUGCGUGGGAGAGCUACUCCUCCACCCCCAUCUGCAUCUGAUCGAGGCAUCACCGCCGACACCAUCCGCUCCGCUCCGCACUCGCGCACGUGGCUGCCCGCGACUCAUGUGCGACGACGAGCUCGGCUGACGGGUGUUCAUCCAACAGGACAGCAGCAGUCGAGUCUCCUUCCCGUAUAGCUGUUGGGAGACAUCGCCCAGCAUGACCGAAACCCCCCGGCGGGAUGUCCGCAACCACAUCCUCUUCGAGGUCGCGACCGAAGUCGCCAACCGCGUCGGCGGCAUCUACUCCGUCCUCAAGUCCAAAGCCCAGGUCACCACCGCCGAGUAUGGCAGCCUGUACACCCUUCUCGGCCCCCUCAACCGCGCCUCCGCCGCCGUGGAGGUGGAAGAGCUGCAACCCAAAGACCCCGCCAUGAUCGCCACCAUCAAGUCGAUGAACGAGCGAGGCAUUCAGACACUGUACGGGCGCUGGCUGAUCGACGGCGCGCCGCGUGUCCUGCUCUUCGACACCGGCACGGGAUACUACAAGCUGGACGAGUGGAAGGGUGACCUCUGGGCCACCGCUGGCAUCCCCUCCCCGCCCGACGACCACGAGACCAACGAAGCCAUCGUCUUCGGCUACCUCAUCGCGUGGUUCCUGGGUGAGUACGUCUACCACGAGAAAGAGCGCGCCGUCAUCGCCCAAUUCCACGAAUGGCUGGCCGGCGUGGCGCUCCCUCUCUGCCGCAAGCGCAAGAUCGACGUGACCACCAUCUUCACCACCCACGCCACCCUCCUCGGCCGCUACCUCUGCGCCGGCAGCGUCGACUUCUACAACAACCUGCAAUACUUCGACGUCGACGCCGAGGCCGGCAAGCGCGGCAUCUACCACCGCUACUGCAUAGAACGCGGCGCGGCGCACAGUGCUGACGUCUUUACCACCGUCUCCCACAUCACCGCCUACGAGUCCGAGCACCUCCUCAAACGCAAACCCGACGGCGUCCUGCCCAACGGCCUGAACGUCAAAAAGUUCAGCGCGACCCACGAGUUCCAAAACCUCCACCAAACGAACAAAGAGCGCAUCACCGACUUCGUCCGCGGCCACUUCUACGGCCACAACGACUUCGACCCCGAGAAAACCCUCUACUUCUUCACCGCCGGCCGCUACGAAUACCGCAACAAAGGCGUGGACAUGUUCCUCGAAUCGCUCGCGCGACUGAACCACCGCAUGAAGUCCUCCGGCAGCGACAUGACCGUCGUCGCCUUCCUCAUCUUCCCCGCGCAAACCACCUCCCUCGCCGUCGAAGCACUCAAAGGCCAAGCCGUCAUCAAAUCCCUGCGCGACACCAUCGGGCACAUGCAAGCGAACAUCGGCAAAAAGCUCUUCGAGAAAUCCCUCGCCUGGCACGAAGGGCAGGAAGUCCCCGACGAACGCGAUCUACUCAACAGCCAAGACAAAAUCAUGCUCCGACGUCGCCUCUUCGCGAUGAAACGCCACAACCUCCCCCCCAUCGUGACGCACAACAUGGUCAACGACGCCGAAGAUCCCAUCCUCAACCAGAUCCGCCGCUGCCAGCUCUUCAACCACAGCUCCGACCGCGUAAAAGUCAUCUUCCACCCCGAGUUCCUCAGCAGCGGCAACCCCGUGCUGCCCAUGGACUAUGACGACUUCGUGCGGGGCACGCACAUGGGCAUCUUCGCCUCCUACUACGAACCCUGGGGCUACACCCCCGCGGAAUGCACCGUCAUGGGUGUCCCCUCGAUCACGACGAAUCUGUCCGGGUUUGGGUGCUAUAUGGAGGAACUGAUCGAGAAUGCGAGUGAUUAUGGCAUUUACAUCGUCGAUCGCCGGAUGAAGGGGAUCGACGAUAGUGUCAACCAACUGGCGGACUACAUGUUCGAAUUCACCCGCAAAUCCAAACGGCAACGCAUCAACCAACGUAACCGAACGGAACGACUGUCAGAUCUACUCGAUUGGAAGAGGAUGGGGAUGGAGUACGUCAAAGCGCGCCAACUUGCCCUCCGCCGCGCGUACCCGGAUAGCUUUGCGGAGGGCGAAGGGGGAGAGGACGUGGGGUUCUUCGAUGGGAUGGAAGGCGGGAUGAAGAUCACGCGGCCGUUGAGCGCGCCGGGCAGUCCGAGGGAGCGCAGUGGGAUGAUGACGCCGGGCGAUUUUGCGAGUUUGCAGGAGGGGCGGGAGGGGUUGAGCACGGAGGAUUAUAUUGCUUGGAAGUUGCCGGAGGAGGAAGAACCGGAAGAUUACCCCUUCCCCCUCACGCUCAAGCAGAAGAACAAGAACGCCGCGAAUGCUGCUGCGGCGGCGGCGGCGGCGGGAGGAUUUGGGGGCGAGGAGCAGGAAGAGGGGACGGGAAGUUUGACGCCGACUAUGAUGGUGAAUGGCGGGGUGAAUGGUGGUGCGAAUGGGAGUGGAGUUGGCGCUGGGAUGGGCAGUGCGGUUGGUGGGGUAAGUGGAGGGGGAAGUGGGAUGGGAAGUGCGGUCGGGGGAGGUGGGAAGGGGAAUGGGGUCAAGGUUUAGUAAGCCCUAACCUCAAGUUCUCGAUCCUGACUCUCUCCCCGGAGGAUGGAGGUAUGUGAUGUCAUGGCGCUGAGCGGCGGAAGUGGGGACGAGAGUGGUAGGGAGAGGAUGUGUGAGGAGGAGGAGGAAGGAAAGAUGGGAAAGAAGGAAGGAUGAGGGCGAAUGCAUACGUGUUAGUCUCUAGCAUCGCUCUACGAAGCAGAGUAAGUUGCCGAAAGAGAGAGAGCGUGUGGUAUGUUGUGUGUGUGUUUUGUGUGUCGUUGCGCUGAGCGACGAUGUCGCGGCUUUUGGCCCUUUAGCGAGGAAGGGCUCGUGUAUCGUGCUUGGGCUUUUGUACAUAUAGUGUCGGAACAGAAAAUAGAAAUUCACGAGUACGGAGAUCUACCUUACCCAG